AUGUCAUUAGCUAGGAUCUUUGAUUAUUAUUUUUUAUUAAUAUCCUUAUUUUCACCACUUUGUGUUUAGUUCCCAGGCCCUUUUGAUUGGACCAUCUGUCACCUCUGAAAGGAAAUAUGGAUUCUCACACACAACCUUCUACACACAUGGCUUUGUUGGAGUUUUCUGCUCGUACUCAAAGGCUUAAUGAAGGAGCCAUCUCUUAUCUACACCAACUAACUGAAGACAAUGAACACCUUCACAAAGCUAAUGAGCAAUUAGAAGAGCAACUACAAGACAUGACCAUCAACCGUGAUUUUUACAAGAUUGCCAUGGAGGACAUGUGCUAUCAACUCCAAGUUGAGAAGCAAAAGAACCAAGCUCUUAUUGAAGAGGACACCGGCUUGCAUGAAAUGGAAACGCCGAUGUGGGAAUCCAUAUGGAACUUCAAAGGGGAAACUCAUGGUAAAGGUCUUUUAAUCAUAGCUCCGAGGCGAAAGUUCUUCAAAAAGCGGCGUUCUCCGUAUUUGCUCAGAUUUAGAGUAAUCAAAAUGUCUGAGGAAAAUGCUGCUACUAAUCCAGAGAAAUCAGCUGUGGAUGAAAGGGUUGAUAAGUUGGAAGCUACAAUGCAAACUAUGGCUGCUACUCUUCAGACCAUCAGUCUCACCUUGUCGACUUUGACUACUAGUUCGGUUUCUUCACCUGCAAUACCAGUUCCACCUAUCCCUACCAUCACACCGGUGGGAGAGUCAUCUUCACAUGCUCCACAAAUAUCAUCUCUACCUUUUGAAGCCUCAUACCCACCAUUCGAGAUGAAUGAUCCUACGUUGCCCACAACCACACCUCUUACCCUUAAUGUACCACCUUUGAUGGGACAAGUGCCAGCUAUUCAACCCAACCCCUCGGUUGCGAUGUUAAGGUCUACUUUAGAGGAUGGGAAGUCAAGAGAGGUUGAUCACAAGCUGCAACAGUUAGAAGACGCUUUGAAGGCUAUGCAAGGGCCGCAAGCUUAUGGUUCCAUUGAUUUGGAUGAUCUUUGUUACUAUCCGAGAAUUCAGACAAAUUUCAAGUUCAAGCAGCCAGAUUUUGACAAGUAUGAUGGCUCAGGUUGUCCUUAUGCCCACUUGCAGAUGUAUGCUAGGAAGAUGGCACCUUAUGCUAAUGAUGAAAGGGUGCUCAUUCAUUAUUUUCAAGACAAUCUCUUCGGCCUAGCAAGUGUUUGGUUUUCAACACUUGACAAGAAGAAGAUUCACACUUUCAAGGAUGUUUCUCAAGCUUUUAUGAAGCAAUAUGAGUAUAAUACGAGUUUGGCCCCAACAAGGGAUAGCUUGCAGAGAAUCACCAAGAAAGGUAAUGAGACUUUCAAAGAAUUUGCUCAACGGUGGAGAUCUGAAGCAGCCAAAGUCAUUCCACCUCUUACCGAUAGUGAAAUUUGCUCUCUCUUUAUCAAGUCAACUAUCGGGACCUUUCGUGCAUGGUUAGCUUCUUGUGUGGGAUAUACUUUUGCUCAGUUGGUGACAGUGGGGGAACAAAUUGAAGAUGGACUAAAGACGGGUAUGAUUAUAUACUUUCAAACCAUUCAGAGGCAAUUAGAGCAAGUCAAGAUGGGAAGCUCGGGAUCUACUUCAAAGAGGUUCUCACCUAAAGGGAAGAAAGAAGAUGAGGAAGCUUUGAAUCACAUUUUCACCAGUCAUGCUAAACCAGUUUAUAAUGUGGCAAAUGGUCCUUACAAUCGACAACAAUUCCCACCUACAAAUCAGCCUAGACAAUUCACUAAACUUCCAAUCCCUUAUAGUGAGGUGUUGAAACAGUUAGUUGAAGUUGGUCUGAUAAGGACAUUGCAAGUGAACCCUAUCCAACCACCUUAUCCGUAUUGGUAUGAUGCACAGGCUAGGUGUGAAUAUCAUAAUGUGACGGGUCAUGGUACUGAGAAUUGUGCGACUUUAAGACAUAGAAUUCAAGAUCUCAUUGAUGAGGGUAAACUUCAACUUGAUGUUAAAGAAGCGAAGGGUGUUCCAAACAUCACUCAAAACCCUUUACCUCCACAUGAUGCAGGCACAAUGAAUAGGAUCACUUUUAACGGACCGAUUGCACAAAGGAGUUUGAAUGUUCUGCCAAUGAUGAUUGAUGAUGCUGUGAUAUGUCCUUAUCAUUCCAAUAUGAAGGAACAUGCUUUACAAGAUUGCAAAGAUUUUCAAAGAAAGAUCAAAGAGCUACAAGUAAUGGGAAUUUUGAGGUUUACAUCUACCCAAGAGUCUUAUGUUUUGAAAACCUCUCUUAGUGAGUCACUCAUGGGAAAGACAUCCUCUGUGGUUAUGCCUCAACAUUCUACCAUCUUGAAUUCUACAGCCAAUGAUGUGUCUAAUAUGACCCGCAGUGGUUGGUGCUAUGUGAGUCUUGAAGUGGAAGAGUCGAGAAGGGUUGCCUUGAAAUCAAAAGGUAUCAGAAUUGAAGAGAUGCCAGAAGAAUUACCCAAGAAGUUCGUGUCAGAAAAUGAAGUGGUAGAAUUUUUGAAUAUUUUGAGGAAGAGUGAGUAUAGCAUCAUUGAACAGCUCAACAAAACCCUUGCAAAAAUUUCUGUUUUAGAAUUGAUGCUGUCAUCUGAGGUCCAUCUUGAUGCAUUGCUCAAAGUCUUGAAAGAGGCCCAUGUGCCUAAGAACAUUGAUACUCAAAAGUUUGGGACUGUGGUUGGGGCAAUUUUAGCUCCAAAUUACAUUAAUUUCACAGAUGAUGAGAUCCCCGAUCAAGGAAAUGGGCAUACCAAGGCUCUUCAUAUUUUAGUCCAAUGUAAGAUGAUGAAUGUGCCUCAUGUCUUGAUCAACAACGGGUCAGCUUUGAACGUGAUUCCUAUGAUUGUUUUGAAGCAGUUGAAAGUGAACGAGUCUCACAUUAAUCAGUGCAAUACAGUGGUUCGUGCUUUUGACGGAACAAAGAGGAAUGUGAUUGGAAAGAUUAAGCUUCCAGUGGAAAUUGGCCCUGUGACUUUUGAUGUGGAUUUCUUUGUUAUGGAUAUUUCUCCCGCUUUUAAUUUGCUUCUUGGGAGGCCUUGGAUACAUGUUGCCGAAGCAGUACCGUCCACUUUGCAUCAAAAGGUCAAAUACAUUGUCAAUGGUGUUCUUGUCACGAUGAAUGGUGAGGAGGAACACGUCAUCCGAAAAGCUACAACCAUUCCUUACUUGGGAGUUGAUCCGAGAACUUAUGAAUCCUCUUAUCACUCAAUGGAGUGUGCUGCUGCUUCUUAUAUUCACCUGAGGUUCAAAGGGAAAAGGGUUGAAAUGGCUAAACCUACAAAAGUUGUUGCUAAGAUCAUGCUUGCAUGUCACUACCAGUUGGGAGAGGGUUUGGGAUUGAAUGGACAAGGAAUUCUUGAGCCUAUUGAGGUAAUUCAAGCUUGGGGCAUUUUUGGUUUGGGAUACAAGCUGAAGAAGGAAGAUUGGCAGAGAAUGCAUGCUAUUAAGGCAAAGAAGCGCCUUGCUAGACUUCAAGGGAGAGAUCCUAAGGAUGAACCAAUGUGGGUGCCGCACAUUAGAGUCACAUUUCCACGACUUGUUGAGAUUUUGUGCCUUUCUUUUGAUGGAUAUAUGGUGAAGCACAUGGAUGUUUUAUAUGUAGAUCCAGAGGGUACUAUUUUCACUGAUAGAUUGCUUGAAAUUGGGGAAUGUUCAAAACAAGCAAAGUAUGAGGAAGUAGUUGUGGAAGACAUCACGGAUGAAGUUUGUUCUAAUGAUGAGGAAGACAGUUUUGGCUUCAACAACCUCUUUGGGCCAACCAACAUGACAGAUCCUAAGGAAAGGUGGAGAAGGAUGCUCGCUAAAAAGGCAUUUAUGGAAAAGCACCCCAACUUCCAUCUUGCUCAUCAUGCAAAAGCUCCAAUGGGAACACAUGAGUCUAUACUCCUUGAAACAGUGAAAGAAGAAUCAUUAUGUGACUCGUGGGAAAAUUUGACUAUAAAUGCUCUAGAUGAGGAAGAACUUGAAUUUGAUAGGGGAAUUUCUCUGAUUAAUGGAAGCUCUCAGGCUAAUUGGACAGCGGAACUUCUCCCUGCAACUUUCAUCUCUGAGCCUGCUUAUGAUGAAUCUUUAAACAAUGAUGUCAUAUCAAACUUUAUAUAUGAGAUUGAUGAUCAGACCUAUAGUGAAAUAGACAAUGAAAAUUUUGAUCCUUCUCAUGAAUUAACCCAAAUGCUAAGAGAAGAAAAGCCAAAGCUGCAACCAAAUCAAGAGACUGAGACUAUUAAUCUGGGAACUGAAGAUGACAGAAAGGAGAUAAAAAUCAAUGCCCACCUAUCCACAGAAGAAAGAAAAGAGUUGACAGAACUCUUAUCUGAAUUUCAAGAUGUUUUUGCUUGGUCCUGUAAGGACAUGCCGGGACUUGAUCCUGCUAUUGCUGUCCAUGCCAUUCCACUCUAUUCUGAGGCCAAGCCUAUUAAGCAAAAGCUAAGGAGGAUGAAGCCAGAGGUUCUGUUAAAGGUCAAAGAAAAAGUGCAAAAGCUGUUAGAUGUCAAUUUCAUUGAAGUAGCUAUAGACUUGAACAAAGCAAGCCCCAAGGAUGAUUUCCCAUUGCCUCACAUCCAAAUUCUGUUAGAUAAUGCUGCCAAAAAUGCUCAGUUUUCUUUUGUUGAUGGCUACUCUGGGUACAAUCAGAUAAAAAUGAAGGAGGAGGACAAGCUCAAGACAACAUUCAUCACUCAAUGGGGUACCUUUUGCUACAAAGUUAUGCCUUUUGGACUAAAAAAUGCCGGGGCAACAUACCAACGCUCUGGGAUUACUUUAUUACAUGACUUUGUGCAUACCAUUGUUGAGCUAUAUGUUGAUGACAUGGUGAUUAUGUCCAAAGAAGAGCUACUUGGCUUCAUUGUGAACCGUCGAGGAAUAGAGAUUGAUCCAGCCAAAAUAAAAGCCAUCGAUGAAAUGCCACCACCAAAAACCCAAAAAGAAGUCCGAGGUUUCUUGGGAAGAAUUAAUUACAUUGCCCGUUUCAUUGCCAACCUCACCACCAUCUGUGAGCCUAUUUUCAAACUUCUUAGAAAAGACAACCCUCAUACAUGGAAUGCCCAAUGCCAACAAGCCUUUGACAAAAUCAAAGAAUACCUCAAAACCCCACCAAUCCUUGUGCCACCAACUGAUAGAAAGCCUUUCAUCCUAUAUAUCACUGUCCUUGAAAAAUCCAUGGGAGCAGUUCUUGUCCAACAUGAUGACUCAGGCAAGAAAGAAAGAGCCAUCUAUUAUUGGAGGCAGAAUCUGAUUCAGAUAAUUGGAAGCUUUUCUUUGAUGGAGCUGUCAACUAGCUUGGUUGUGGCCUUGGAGCUGUGUUGCUACACUUUAGCCUCCAUGAUCCAAAUCUCCAAUGAUGAUGUAAUCAAACCUUUAAGGAUUGAUAUUAGUCAAGAACUGGCACAUUGCAUGGAAGUCAAGGUUGAUGACAAACCAUGGUUUCAUGAUAUUAAACAGUUCUUGCGAAAUGGGGAAUACCUUUUACAUGCUUCUGAGGUGAACAAGAAGACAAUCAGAAAAUUGGCUACUUCAUACUUCUUGAGCGGAAAUACAUUGUAUAAGCGCUCUGUUGAUAUGACCUUGUUGAGAUGUGUUGAUGAGACAAAAGCAAAACAGGUCAUGACUGAGGUCCAUGAAGGGAUAUGUGGGACACAUGCAAAUGGAAGAAUGCUUGCUAGAAAAAUUCUCCGGGCUGGGUAUUAUUGGUUGACUAUGGAACACGAUUGCAUCAAGUAUGCACGAGCUUGUCACAAAUGUCAGAUUUGUGCUAAUCAUGUUAACGCUCCACCUUCAUUACUGCAUAAUAUGUCUGCUCCUUGGCCAUUCUCCAUGUGGGGCAUUGAUAUGAUUGGGGUAAUUAAUCCUAAAGCUUCCAAUGGUCAUCAAUUUAUCUUGGUUGCUAUUGAUUACUUUACCAAAUGGGUAGAAGCAACAUCUUAUGCUAGUGUUACAAAGAAAGUGGUCACUCGCUUCAUCAAGAAAGAGAUCAUCUGUAGAUAUGGGCAACCAGAGGCCAUCAUUACUGACAAUGCAAGCAAUUUGAACAAUGACAUGAUGUCUGCGCUAUGCAAGCAAUUCAAGAUCAAGCAUUUGAACUCUUCUCCAUACCGACCGAAGAUGAAUGGUGCGGUGGAAGCUGCCAACAAGAAUAUUAAGAAGAUUCUAGCUAAAAUGACAGUUACUUACAAAGAUUGGCAUGAAAUGUUGCCAUAGGCUCUCCAUGCUUAUAGAACCUCUGUUCGCACUUCAACUAGGGCAACCCCUUAUUCCUUGGUAUAUGGAAUGGAGGCAGUACUACCAAUUGAGCUAGAAAUUCGUUCCAUGAGAAUUUUAUCCGAGUCAAGGAUUGAGGAAGAAGAUUUGAUUUAGAAAAGGAUAGAUCACCUCAACUUGCUUGAUGAGAAGAGAUUGGCAACUCUUUGUCACAGUCAAUGCUAUCAGCGACGAAUGGCAACAGCUUACAACAAGAAAGUCAAACCCAGAGU